GUAAGCAUGGAUGUUAUAACGCCAGAGCUCCAUGGUGGAGUCCUAAACAGAGUGAUGACCCACUGUAGUGACAACGAAAAUGAUGAGCAGGAUGAUGGAGCAGAAAAACCUAGCAAGAUGAGGAGAGGUGAAGGUGGAAAACAUGUGUCUUUCCCACCUGAUGAACAGAUCGUAUCUGGUUUUGCUGAGCACAAGAACAACGACAGAAGGCCUGACAGCUGCCUGACCUUGACAGAGGUAAUGGUGGCCUACCAGCAGAACUGCGACCGACACCAGGUCCAACCCAGAGCACACAUCCUGCGACAGCUCCAGCUCUCCAGGGAGGAUCAAUAUCAACACUACAACCUGGUGCAAGACCAAGAGAAAUGA